AUGGCAAAGGACGUCCUGGGUCUCGGAACCAGGAACCGGCAUGCUGGUGGGAAUGUCGUCCCAGUUUCCCCCACGUCGUCAACCAGCGAUGGGCUAACCUUGGGGUGUACCGCGGGCCCCAAGGUAGAAUUUGCUACUGCGGAGCGUCCUGGCGGGGACAUGGUCCCGAUCCCUGUCACGUCGGCAACCGACUACAGGCCGUUAGAGGGGGGAAACCCCUCCUACAGAAGUAGGAGUAGUGGAGGAGUGUCCUCCUCUCAUUCUCCUACCUCCGACAGAGGAGACCAUAAUCGGUCUCUGACCUCGGCCGCUUGCGACCAGGAAGGCCGCUCUCAGGGAGUUGGCAGGGCGAACCUUCGUGAUCUGAAGAAAAGGCGGCCGUCCAACGCGGGAACAACCCUGGCUACCAUCAGUCAGAAGGGCGGCCUCCACCGAGAGGCUCGCCACGUGAGCCCCCGCGCAAGAGAUGAGGGGCGGCCACGCGACGUGGGAAGUAGUCCCCCGUCUUUGGAUGGGAAGCACCCCCUCAACCGUGAGGGUGGUGUGGUGAGUUCUUCGGGGGAAGCAAAGCGGCCACCCAACAUGGGAGGAACAGCGGCCCGGGGAUCGGUCGCCAGAACUCUUGCUACGACGCUGGGCGUGAAUCGACCUGACUCCCUUUGCAGUAAGAUGGGGGCCCCGCGAGCGAUGGGGGGUCACGCGGAUGUGAGGGCGGGAGGAAGGACCACUGGGAAACCAGUGGUCAUUUCGGAUGUAAUCCUGUCCCAGAGAUCUAGAGUGAGACCUAGAGACCCCAAGACAGGAGAAUUCUGCCCAGUAGGUGCAACGGCUGCAGAGAGCAAGGCGAACAGCCUGGCGACCACCAACCAGAUGACCGUCGGGGACGUGACCGCAGCCAGCACAACAGGCGUAGAGAAGCAGGUAGAGGAGCUCGCGCGGGGGAUUGUUCAGGAGAAGGAUACCAGGGGGAGAAAGGCCACCACGGGUGUCGGAGUUGGUCUCCGGCAUAAGAGGGAGAUGGGGUUCAUCAGGAAGAAGGUGGUGGCCCGUAGGGAUCUGCAGAAGGAGGUGGAGGACCUCCUCAGCGGGGGGAUGUGCCGCACUCUGAAGGACACGCGCCCCGCUGAGGAGGUCUUCAAAGACCCUGCCACGAGGGCAUUACUAAAGGAGGCCGGGUCGGCAGAACUGGCCUCGGAGGUGGGCCGUGCUCUUGGCGCGGUUCGGCUUUUGUCUCAUAGGUCCAGAACCCUGAAGAGGACUUAUCAGGCACUGCUGAACCGUGCUGUGGUCACCUUCGAGGCCGUCCUGUCGACCCUUAUCGCGAGGGUUGCGGCAUACGAUGGGGAAGAGGACGCUGCCGCAGAAGCGUGGAAGGAAAUGUCGGCACUGAGAGAGGAGCUAAGGGGGGUGAGGGUGCGGAACCGUGAACUCGAGGAGGAGCUCGGUGCGGCCAGGUUGACUGCCAACGGUACUACUCCUGCUCCCGCUCCCCCAAUAACAGCCGGGAGAAGAAAAUAUGCCGAUGUGGUAUCCGGCAGCGACCCCUCGGAGACGGAUCGGGAGAGAGGAGGACUGUCGUACCGGAAGAAGGUGAAGCGGCUGAAGAAGAGGAAGGUGGUGAAGUCCUCCGUCCUGGAGCAGGUCAGCUCCACAGAGGACAUGGAGGUGGAGGAGGGUAGAUCCAUAGGGCGGAGAGUGGAACUCGGCGACUCCCUGCGGAUCAGCAGACUGAAUGCUGCGAGCAGGGAGUUGUACGACAAACUAUCAAAAAGGAUAGGAGAGUGCAUCGACGAGAGGGAAGGCCUGGUUCCAGAAAGCAGGGCGUACGAGUUCCUGUCGGAGGAGCUUGUCCGGCUCACGUUAAUGAGGGGGGACUUGACGAAGGAGGUGCCUGGCCUCAACGCCGGGGCUCCAGCCGACCGGCUUGCGGAGGAGCUCCGCAAGCUGGCGACUGAAGAGGGCCCCGAGUAUCGGGUCCAGAGACCGGUGAGGAUCGCGACACUGCGGCUCACCGGCCUGGACCUGACGCUCAGGGUCCAGAAGGUGACGGAGGCGGUAGCCCUCGCUGGGGGAUGCCUGCCCACGGAGGUGUCCGUGGGCGGGAUCCGUGUACCUCAGCGAGGGAUGGCGACGGCCCUGGUGCGGUGUCCGCAGGCGGCGGCCUCUAAGGUCGCCACUGCGGAGCGGGUCCAGGUGGGCUGGACCCUCGCCAGGAUGGUGGUGCUGCCCGUCCGCGCGGCCCUAUGCUUCAGGUGUCUGGAGCGGGGCCAUGUGCGCGGGCGGUGCGGAAACACCGCCGACCGCAGCGAUACUUGUUAUCGCUGCGGUAACCCCGGUCACCGCGCCAGGGACUGCAGGGCGGCCUCAGAAAAAUGUGUGGUGUGUGCCGAGAGGAGAGGCCCGUCCGACCACGGGGUCGGCGAGCCAGCAUGCAAACCCCCGAGGAAUCGGGAGGAGAGCGAAGAGGAGGACCGCCGGGGAGGAUAG